CCGUCGGCCUCGGCCCGUUUCAGCGCGCGCUCUCCCCCCAUCUCUCUCGCUCGUCUCGGCGGCGGCGGGCGGUGUCGCCUCCCCACUCUCCAGGCCAGGCCAGGCUCCACUCCCAUCCCAUUCCAUUCCAUCCCCAAAUCGAGCCGAGCAAACCCUAACCCUACCGCUAGCCACCAUGUCCGGCGCCCACAUCGACCUCAACAACAACGCCUCCUCCGACCUGGCUCCUCCGCCCAAGCGCGGCCGCGGCCGCCCCCGCAAGAAUCCCCCGGCCCCCGCCCGCCCGCGCCCUCCGGAUCCCGACGCCCCCAGGGUCGGUGGCUUCGCGCCGGGCGACAUGGUCUGGGGCAAGAAGCUCAACCACGCAGCCUGGCCCGGCCUCGUCUACUCCGCCGGCGGCAACGGCACCGGCCACGACGGCCAGCUCCUCGUCUCCUACUUCGGGGACAAGGCCUUCGCCUGGUGCGACGCCGCCGAGCUCAGGCCCUACGAGCCCUACUUCCCCGUCGCCGAGCUCUACGACGACGGCGGCGACGACUUCGACGCAGCCGUCGAGGCCUCCCUCGACGAGUUCUCCCUCCGCGUCGAGGCCGCCCUCGCCACCCCCGCCCGCCCCUUCGUCCCCGCCGAUUUCCUCGCCUCGCUCCACGACCUCGCAGCCGACCGCAUGGGCUUCACCAACAGGGUGCAGGCGGCCAUCGCCAAGGCGCAUCUCAGAGCAUUCGACGCCUUCAGGGCGCUGCCGGACCCUCCUCACUACACCUUGGAACUCGGCCUGCUCCCCCUCACUCCUAUCCAUCCUCCUCCUAAAUCCACCACCACCACCACCAGGAAUGAGGCCCCCUCCAGCAGGAGGGGCAGGAAGAGGAAGGAGGAAGCCGUCAAGGAGGACGACUCCGACGAGGACUGGGACCCUAGGAAGAAGGGGGCCACCGACUCCGAAUCAGACCUCGACAUCGACCGCAAGAGGGGCUCCAGGGGCAGGGGCAGUGGUGCGCCGCGCGGGAGGCCUCGAGGGAGGCCUAGGAAAACUGAUGCCUGCAGGGACACGCGGCUCAAGGAUGAGGAGAUGGAGGACAAACUGGAGUAUCCGUCAGCCGCUGACAUGCUUCUGCAACUCUUGUCGGUUGCUGCUGAUCCUGUCAACGCCAGUUACGACUCUGUUCCUCUCAUUGUUAGCUUCUUCUCAAAGCACAAGGACAACGAAGCGCCGAGCGUUUACCAAGAUAAAGAGCUGCUCGACACUUUCGGUUGCAAGAAGGGUAGGAAAAAGUCGGCUGGGAGCUUGGGCCCAGCUACAAAGGCAGAAGCCGACAACGAUAACGAACUGAUGGCUGCGGAUGGUCAGAGGGGCCGGAGAAAGUCCGCGGGGAGCUUGUACUCAGCUAGGAAGGCAGAAGAUUCGUAUUGGUGUGAUAUCAUCAUCAGCGAUUUCGAUGACGGAGAUAGUGAUUAUGAAGGUCGCAAAAGGAAGCGGCCCUCCCAGAACACCAACAGGAGUGCCAAUAAGAAGAUGAAGCAGGAGGAGACACCUCAGGAUCGGGCCUCUGCAGAUCCUCCCGCAGAUGCAAAAAGUCCGGCUUCUGCAGAUCCUUCUGCAGAUGGCCCAGCAGCCUUGAUUUUACAUUUUAGUAGUCCAGAAGCUAUUCCUUCUGUGGAUGACAUCAACAGCAUAUUCCGCAUACAUGGACCUAUCGUGGAGGGUGAGACUGAGAUCACUAAGAAGUCCAAGAUUGCAAAAGUAGUUUUCUCUAAGCGUGCUGACGCAGAGCGGGCAUUUAGCAGUCCGGGAAAGUAUAGCGCAUUUGGCCCAUCGCUUGUCACAUAUGAAAUUCAAUGCAUGCCAUCUGCGCCUCAGGUUUCUUAAGUGCUGCAGUCUGAACUUGAUAUGUUGCGAUUUCAGAGGAAAUGCACCAUGAAGGUUGGAGCAAUGGAGCAUUAAUUGGUGUCCAUGACUUAGAGUUAGGAUCGCUCACUGACCAGGUCACAUUAGUCACUGAGUUGGCUGAGCAAGUUUUAGGCUUUCUGCUGUUGCAUGCGUCCAGGUGACUGGUUGUGUGCUUGGUAUCGGAGUUAAUAGUUUAUGUUAAAUCAUUAGAUGGUAGAGUAAAUCAUGUAGCGUGAUGCGCCUCCUUCUAUGUUAGCACCUUAUCCUUUUUGUAUUGCCUAGUAAUUGCACAGCUGUGGAUCUCUCUAUUAUGUUGUUUUUCAGCAUAUGCUUCCUUUUCUGGCUCUUAA